UGGUGCAUCUGCAAACCGCUAAUUUCGUCCUAGCUGGUUCAUUAUUGUCCUGGAAGACCAGAUGUGUGCCCACUUUUUGGGCAAAGCGUCCGACCUGAGAGCCACGGAUAUCCCUCACGGAGUCACUCACAGUUUGAUGGUCCCUCGGUAAACGCAAUAGAAUAUUUUGAAAGAAUUCUUCAAUAGCGAAGUUGAAAACAAAGUUCGGUCAGCAUUCAGAACAGCCUCAGGCAGUCAUCUCACAGAUAGUGGUGGGGAUCGCCUAUUGAAGCAGAACGAGGCUUUAUCCCAUGCGUUUCCUAAAAAAGGACUCCUUAAUCGUGAAUAGCCUGCUUGUUAGACAAUACCAGUGCGAACGAAUCAAGCAUACACAGCACUUUUCCCGCGGCUGCCGAGUAACCAUCAACGCGGAAUUCUAUUCCAAUACUCCAUUUGCGCCAAUACAUUCGUAUCUUGAACCCAAAUACAACGGUAUUGGCCAUUAUCGUCGGCCAGACGACAUCGUUGAGUCUUUCUCAGAAAUCCCUUGUGGUGGAAGGCUGAGUAGAAUGAGCAACCCAGACGCAGGAACGACGUCUCUAGAUGAUGUCUUUCGGGAAAUUACAGUUGUCCACGGUCGAGAGUUCCAGAAAUAUUCGAUCAACAAUCGAAUUUAUUUCUGCCCCAUCGACGAUACCGACUCGGACUCCAACAGGAAAUCUUUAAUAUGAUUUUCGACAAUCGUCUUAUAUUUCCGCCGAUAAAUCACCCUCGUCGAAUAUUGGACUGUGGUUGUGGGGGGGGAAACUGGGCAGU